AUGGCGGAGAUGAUUGAAAAGCUGCCAGAGCCCAAAUGUGUCACGUAUCAACGCCCGGUAAAGCUUGACGAUGCUCUCUUGAUGACCAAAUUUGGCAUCUACAACCUGUGCCUGAUAGCAAUCUCCGGUACCAUCCUUGCGGCGGUACUGCUGGAAACGUUGGGCAUUAGUUACGUGCUGCCGGUCGCCGAAUGCGAUUUGCUUUUGACCACCAAGGAGAAGGGCGUUCUCAGUGCCAUCUCGUUCGCCGGCAUCAUCAGUAGUUCUCAUCUGUGGGGAUUUUUAGCCGACACCCGGGGGAGAAGGACGGUGAUCCUUCCAACCUUGUUUUUGGCUUUUGUCUCAACCGUACUUUCUAGCUUCACGACCAACUUUUGGCUGAUCACGAUAACUCGCUUUUUCACGGGCUUUUUCAUUUCCGGAUCAUCCGCUACCAUCUACGCGUAUUUGGGUGAGUUCCACGCAAAGCGAAACAGCUCCCGGGCAAUUAUGGGCGCCUCGUUCGUGUUUGGUGUGGGUUGUAUCCUGCUGCCGCUGAUAGCGUGGUCUGUCAUCAAUCAGGAGUGGGAAUUUACACUUCCUUUGCUCAAUAUCGUUUACCGACCCUGGAGGCUGUUUUUGGUAGUAUGCGGGCUGCCCAGUCUUGUAUGCGGGCUGGCCUUGCUCUACUUUCCCGAGAGCCCCAAAUUUCUGUUCGCCCGAGGACACGAGCAGCAAACGCUCGAGAUCGUGCACAAAAUGUACCGAUGGAAUACUGGCGGUAAAGGACCCAAGCUCGAGAUAACAGCGCUCUUGCAGGAGACCGAAGCGGAACAGACCAAGGUUCGACGAGAGGAAGCAGCAAACGCUAAGAGUGCUACUCGAUUGUUAACGCAAAUGUGGCAGCAAACGGCACCGCUGUUUAUGGGCGCGUACCUGAAGCGAACGACAAUAAUCUGUUUGCUGCAGUUUGGCAUUUAUCUCACCUCCAAUGGGAUGUACAUGUUCUUCCCCGACAUCCUGAACCGAAUCGCUGAGCUGGAAGACAGGGGCAUCACUAGGACCACCGUCUGCAACGCAGUCUACGCGACGCAGGUAGACGUCCGGCAACUUCAACAGCCUGAUGUUAAUGCCACGGCACUGCCCGAAGUUUGCCAUCAAAAGCUGGACAUCUCCGCCUACGAGCAUUCGUUCGUGCUGGAAACAAUUUACGCCCUAGGGUUUGCCGUUAUAGGUCUCAUAAUCAACGCCGUCGGCAGGUUGCCCAUUCUAGUGUUCAUCUUUGGAUUUUGUGGCGUUUGCGGGAUACUGAUCGUCUUCGUCGAUCUGCCGCUGCUGGCGAUCUGGUUCUACGUCAUACUGCUAACGUGUGGAUUCUGCAUUAGCGUCGUGAAUGCCUGCACGGUGGACUUAUUUCCAACGAAUCUGCGCGCGAUGGCGGUUUGCAUCUCUCUCAUGUUCGGCAGACUGGGCAGUGUUGUGGGAGCAAACAUUGUAGGCGUGUUGCUGGAUUCUCAGUGUGAGCUGACGUUCUGGAUCUCGGGCGUAUCGCUGGUAGCUUGCGGUGUGCUAUCGUUUUUCAUCCCAAACAUUUACAAACGCAACGCGUCGGAAGAAAGAAUGAGCGUAUCGUCACGAUGUUAG